CUUUAAAAUUUCUGGAAUUAGAACUUGGAAUUACAAAUUUAUUCCCGAAAUUUCUGAAUUUUUUGGAACGGUUGAUUGAUUCCACCCCUAGCCAAGAAACGUAUUUUUCUUGAGGACAAAAGGGGGUUUUGUGAGAGUUUAUUUGCACUUGAAAACACUAAUGAUGUAUUUCUUGAGAAAUUUUUCAAACAAAACUCGUCUCAUACGUGCUGUGGCUUUAGCUACAGCCGGGUCGGGGGUAGUUGGCUUUACCAGUUCUUCAGAUUAUAAUACAUCAGUGUCGGUCUCGAUACCUUCACUUAGGGAUUCGCUACAAUUGCCAUGGAGAACUAUGAAAGAGAACAUCCUUCAUUCUGCGGCAUUUACUUACGCAAACCAUUCACUCUAUGGUGCUUCUCCACUAUUUUUUUCAAGACCAGAUCCUGCACCAGAUGCUAAUAUUAGUAGUGGAGCUGAUAUUGGAGAUAGUCCCAAACGUUCGUGCAACUGUCUUGGUCGUGAUAGUAUUGCGAAUGCAGCUACUAAGGUUGCUCCUGCUGUUGUCCAUUUGUCGGUACCACAAGGUUUUCAUGGUAUAACUCUCGGUAGGAGCGUUGGAUCAGGAACUAUUAUAAAUGAAGAUGGUACUAUCCUAACUUGUGCUCAUGGCUUGGUUAAUUUUCAAGGAUUGAGGUCUUCAUCUAAGGAAAAGAUCGAAGUGACUUUGCAAGAUGGUAGGUCAUUCGAGGGUACAGUGGUAAAUGUUGACGUACAUGCUGAUGUAGCAAUACUGAAGAUUAAAUCUAAAAUCCCACUCCCAACAGCAAAACUCGGGAGUUCUAGUAACAUUCGCCCAGGAGAUUGGGUGUUGGCUAUGGGUUGUCCCCUUACCCUUCAGAAUACCGUUACAGCAGGUAUUGUAAGUUGUGUUGAUCGUAAAAGUAGUGAGUUGGGUCUUGGAGGUAUGCACAGGGAGUAUUUGCAGACUGAUUGUGCAAUAAAUGAGGGUAAUUCUGGUGGUCCUCUCGUGAAUGUCGAUGGAGAAGUUGUAGGCAUCAAUAUCAUGAAAGUCUUGGGAGCUGAUGGGUUAAAUUUUGCUGUCCCGAUUGAUUCCGUUUCAAAAAUUAUAGAGCACUUCAAGAAGAAUGGGAGAGUUGUCCGACCUUGGCUUGGUUUGAAAAUGCUUGAUCUCAAUUCCAUAAUUGUCGAAAAUCUCAAGGAAAGAAACGCUUCAUUUCCUGAUGUCGGCAGAGGAGUUCUUGUGCCCAUGGUGUUCCCUGGUUCCCCAGCUGAUCGUGCUGGAUUUCUUCCUGGAGAUGUAGUUGUUGAAUUUGGAGGAAGACCUGUCGGAAGCAUUAAGGAGAUCGUCGAAAUAAUGGGAGAUAAAAUUGGAAAUCCUUUUAAGGCUGUUGUGAAAAGGAAAAAUAACGUUACCGAGACUCUGACUGUGAUUCCUGAAGAAGUAAAUCCAGAUAUGUGACCGACUAGUUGGUCUUUUAUUUUCUUAUUUUCUAGUUUUCAUUUGUUGUUAGAAGAGGAAAAUGAGCCAGAGAUAUCAUAUCGCGUGAUUUCCAAAAAAAAAAAAAAAAAAAAAAAAAAAAAGACGGGCGAGCGACUUCUUAAUGGGCAGAUGAUAAACGAUGUCGUUUAGGAGAAGAUUAGUAAUAGUUCUGUAAUCAUCUCAUUUACUAAUGGAUAGAUUGAAGUUGAUAAAAGUUACUCUUUAAUGUCAAUAUGAUUUUCUCGCUCUUUCCGAUUU